AUGGCGCCGAAAAAUACGACAUCAAGUAGCGCAAGCUCACGGCUGAAGACACCUAAAGGAACUAAAGACCGGGUUGGCCAAGAUCUCCUCUUGCGUGACCAAAUCUUUCAAACCAUCAGUGAAGUCUUUAAACGCCACGGUGGAGUGCCGCAGGACACGCCCGUCUUCGAGCUCCGAGACGUUCUCACGGGCAAGUACGGUGAGGACGCACGCCUCAUCUAUAAUCUCGAAGACCAAGGCGGAGAGAUCCUGUCGCUGCGCUAUGACCUGACCGUCCCCUUUGCCCGCUGGCUUGCCAUGCGCACCGAUGUCAAACAAAUCAAACGCUACCAGAUUGCAAAAGUCUACCGGCGCGACCAGCCCGCAAUCGCACGCGGUCGGCUGCGCGAAUUCUACCAGUGCGACUUUGACAUUGCGGGUAUCUAUGACCCCAUGAUUCCCGAGGCGGAGAUUUUGCGUGUCGUGGCCGAGGCCUUUCGCGGAUUAGAUAUGAACAUUACCAUAAAGCUGAACCACAGGCGCAUUCUCGAUGGGCUCUUUGCGGUCAGCGGGGUGCCGGCUGACAAAAUUCGGGCAGUAAGCUCUGCGGUGGACAAGCUGGAUAAGGAGCCGUGGGAGGCGGUAAAGAAGGAAAUGGUUGACGAAAAGGGUGUCGCCGAGGACGUGGCCGAUUGUGUUGGAAACUACGUCCGGCAGCGCGGUGACAUGGGCGAAAUGCUGGAACUCCUUGCUGCACAAGAUGAGCUCGCCAACAGCGAAGAGAUUCAGGCCGGUAUCAAAGACAUGCGCUUGCUCAUGUCCUAUUUAAAGGCCAUGGACGUUCUUGGCAAGGUUUCGUUCGAUUUGUCUCUGGCUCGCGGCCUCGACUAUUACACCGGGCUGAUUUACGAAGUAAUUAUGAACGAGCCAAAUCAGGUAGGCAGUGUCGCUGCCGGUGGAAGAUAUGACAAUCUGGUCGGCAUGUAUGGCAAGCAGCAGAUUCCAUGCAUCGGGGUCUCAUUUGGCAUCGAGCGCAUCUUUACCGUUCUUGAGCAAAGGCAAGAGAAGUCAGACUCGUCCGAUUUCAAGCGCAGGCCGGCCGACGUCUACAUCAUUGCUGCAGGCGGGAAAGACUCUGACGGGUUUCUCAUCGAGCGCAUGACCAUGGCCUGUGAGCUGUGGGACGCUGGCAUAGACGCGGAGUACUCGGCAAAAGCAAAACCGACACUGCAGCCACAAUUCAAUGCCUCCAAGGAUGUGCCGAUUGUUAUCAUGAUGGGACAGGAAGAGCUGGCCACUGGUCAGCCGACGAGGAAAUUGGCGAGAAGGAAACAAAGAGCAUAUGCACGGUGA